GUGUAGCAGAGUGGAAAUAGAAACAGCAGCAGCAAAUCUCUCUCUAGAGACUAAGAACAACAUAGGUCUAUUUCACAGAUUUAAAACUAGGUAUUUUAAUUAUAUUUGUUUAAUUAUUGUUUAGGACACUACUAAGAAAAUGAGCAAACACUGCUUCUUGCAGUGGUUUAGUUUUAGGUCAGAGCAGGGCACCACAGAAGGCAGCAGACUGUUGUGAUACUAAAGCAUGUCCAGUUUUCAUCGUGUAUUGUUUUCAAAACAGGCUAAUUCCAUUUCCCUAAAACAGGUACCCUCAGGGGGGAUUUACAGCUCCCUUCAGAAUGGGUUAUUAUAGAGUUCCAAUCUGGCAGUUUUAGAAGUCUCCCUUACCAAAAGCAGAUGGUGAACAAACUGGCAGGAUUUCUGUAUUUCAGAAUUUGGCAAGGCAGCAGGUAGUAAGGAUGGGAAUAGAAAAUGAAAAGGAUUUUUGUUUGUUGCUACAUAAGGUAAGCUUGACCCUCUCCCCAGUUCCCACACUGUGUGCAGACUGGUGGGAGCUGCUGUGGACCCGGGGGGUCAGGCCUAACCUAACCAAACCUUCCCUUUUGCCUUCCAGCACUUUUCUACAGACUUUUACCACCCAUUCCACCAGCCCAUGACUGGGGCUGCAGGGAUGCUGGGGACAUCCACAGGGCUCACCAUCCCAGUGGACAUCCCCCCGUUCCACUUCCAGCCCCGCCGGAUCAGUGUGGACUGGCGUCGCUUCAGUGCCAUUGAUGUGGAGCGGGUGGCCAGGGAGGUGGACGUGGCUGUGCUGCAGGAGCACAUUGCCAGCAUCACCUUCUGUAACCUGGAUGGGGAGCGGUGCCCCCACUGCGGGCAGCCGGCAGACCCUGUCCUGCUCAAGGUGCUCAGGAUGGCCCAGCUGAGCAUCGAGUACCUCCUGCACUGCCAGGAGCGCCUGGGGACCAGCCUGGCCGUGCACACCCAGCGCCUGGAAGCUGCCCGUGCAGAGCUGGCUUCCACCCAGCAGCAGGCAGCAGAGCAGGUGGUGCAGCUCCAAGUGUCAAAACAGGAGAGCAGAAGAUGGAAGAAGUUGCUUGCCAUACAGCAGCCCCUUUUGCAAGCUGGCCCCAACAUCUAUUGCAAGUGCCACCUCUGUGAUAAAGCCUUCAUGAACAGCUCCUUCCUGCAAGCCCAUGUGCAGCGCCGGCACGCAGAGACCACCGAGAAGGAGAGGAGGAAGAUGAGACAGGUGGAGCAAAUGGAGGACGAAGUGGAGGAGCUGAAGGCAAAAUUGAGGGAGAUGCAGCAGCAGCUGCAAGCAGAGAGGGAAGUGGAGAAGCUGCACAGGGAGCAGGAAACAGAGAGAGCUCGACAGCGAGAAGAGGAAGGCAGGAAAUAUUUGGAAAGGUGGAAAGAGGAGGAGAGGACAAAGCUGCAUGAAGAGAUAGAUGGCCUGAAGCAGCUCUUCCUCACAGCAUUCAAAGACAUGGCCAGCAGGAGCAGUGCCAUGGAGGGGAAACUGCAGGAGCUUCAUGCCAGAGAGGUGUUGGAGUCCAACCUGGGAACCCUGCGGGAUGAUGACACUGAGGAGGCAUGGUGGCAGGCAUCAGGCAGGGCAGAGAGGCAGAGGGUGGCGGUGCAGAAAAAGAACACGACACCCCGUGACGCCCCAUCACAGGACCAGUGGGCAGUUAUGGACCGUGUCCAUCAGCAAAUGGAUGCCCCCAGCACCCAUCUCAGGGAGCAGCCCAGACUCACCAAGUCCCAGGAGAAGAAGGAAAGUAAAAAUAAAAAAGAACAAGGUCUCAGUUCAUCAGGAAGUUUUAAGCAGAUCAAGCUGCUCUCUGCAGGAAAACCUGAAGUGACCCAGGAGGUGACCAAAGUGGAAGCUGAUGAAAAGUCAGCAGGCAGUGAGGAGGCCACCCAGGGUGGGAAGCAGAGGCUGCUGGAAGCCCUGUGGAGAAACCCAAACCUCCUGAAGCAGUUUCGCCACAUCCUGGAAGAAGUGCUGGAGGAAAAGCUGGAGAGCAUGGGCGUCAAGAGGGUUGCAAAGGGAAUCUCCACUCGGACCUACAAAAGACUCCAGGCUCUGGUCAGGCUUCAGCAGCAACAGAAGGCUGUGAAAUUUCCUGGUCUCCUCCACCUGAGGGAUGAGUUGGUCCAAGCUCUGAUGGGGAAAGUCAGGCGAUGCAAGAAGUCCAGCAGUGCUUUGCCUCAGCAGCUCUCUGCCAUCCCAGCUCAAAGCCUGAAGACUCCCAGGUCCCUUCAUGGGUCGAAGCCCAUGAGUAUACCAGCUGCAGUAGAGCCUGAAGCCACAGUGAUCCCUCACCCUGUGUCUUGGAGCAGAGCCCUCUUCACGUACAGCCCCUCAAGGGCUCCUUGGGGCACUAUGGGGACCAGCAGACCCCACCGAGUUGUCCCACGAAGGAGCUUGCAGACGAUGCACAGAAGAAAUACUGUAAGAGGAUAUGAGUUGGCAGCAGAGAAGAGGAGCUCACCUGUGACCAAGAGCAGCUCAGAAGUGAUGCUGAGAGGGAAGCAGCUCAGUCUGUCCCCCGUGAAGCCAGCGCUCUCUGCAGUGGUGCCGGGUGAUGAGACUGACUCUGAUGGGUCAGACCUGGACUCGCUGGAGGAAACUGCUGGUUCAGGGACAGCCAUGUCCAGGAUGGUGAGGCUUUUGGAGAGAUGCCUGGAUGCAGUGGCACCGGGACCACCCAGCAGGGUGAAACUCUUCCCAGGUGGGAGCUCGGCAUCCCCCAGCACUGGCCAGCCCACCAAGAAACUCCAGGAUUUCAGCAGAGGUAAGGAAAUGAAAACUGAUGCUGGAAGAUCAGAAAUCAACUGAGGGCAAGAAUUCCUGCUACACCUCUGUUUCAGCUCUCUGCCACCCUCCAUAAUGCUCCCGCCUGCAAUCUUGUCAUCUACACACUUGCACACAUCAAAGCGAAACCGAGAGAUAGCUGACUCGGUGAGUUUGUCAGAGUAUUUGUGUUGCAUAUAAAAUAAAUGUAACUUUCAAAGGUG